GGGUGGUUAGAAGGAGGAGGAGGAGGAGGGAGUCCAGAUGGGAAGGAGCAGCACCGGCGGCGCAGGAGCGAGGCGAGGUAGAUACACAAGGAGAGACCGUUGGAGGAGGAAGACGCAGAGCUCCGGCUCCCGCCUGGAGAUGAGACGCACUUUCUGCACGCGCUGAGCAGCCGGACCGCAGACAUGUAUUUCGGUAAUGUGUGUCACGGCGUCCUGCCGCCGCUGGCCCGUCCCACGCUGGGCAGGACCCAGGCCUCCCCGGACGCCAAGCCCCUCCUCCCCUUCCACCUGCUGCCUCGAUUCACAGACAUGGAUCGCGUCCAUAAAACUCUGAUCGGCCCGGCCUUCGGGCCAACCUCGCACCUGAAGAGGAAGGCCAGCUCCUGCGGCGUCUGUCGGCUGCGGUUCAACUCUGAUGCGCAGGCUUCCUCCCAUUAUAAUGGCACCAAGCACGCGAAAAGGCUGAAAGCUCUGGACGCCCCGGAUUCAAAGAUCAGGACCCCUGAACCGGUCGCCAAGGAAACCGCAUCGCAAAUCCUCCCGUCACCCUGCACGCAGCCCUCCGGCUCCGACGUGGCAUCAGGAGUUUCUUCAGAGCCAUCAGCCAACAGCCCAACGUCAGAGGCGGCACUGUCGGGCAGCGGCCCCUCUGACGCCGCAACGGCACCCUCCGACCCCUCCCUGUCGCCUGACCCGGGGACACCGGAGACCGAUACGCAAAGAGACGGAGGAGAGGUGGAGGCGGCUCCGGAGGGGGAGACGGAGGAAGAGAAAGCCAUACGUCUUCUCUACUGCUCCCUCUGCAAGGUGGCCGUCAACUCGGCCUCCCAGCUGCAGGCCCACAACAGCGGCACCAAGCACAAGACGAUGCUGGAGGCAAGGAGCGGUGACGGAGCCAUCAAGUCCUUCCCAAGGACGGGGGUGAAGGCCAAGCUGGCCCCGCCGUCUGAGGUGUCGACAGGACUCCAGUACAAGACUUUCCAUUGUGAGAUCUGCGACGUGCACGUCAACUCGGAGACUCAGCUCAAACAGCACAUCAGCAGCAGGAGACACAAGGACAGAGCGGCAGGUAAACCGGCCAAGCCCAAGUUCUGCCCCUACCCUCCCACCCAGCGUCACCAGAGUUUCCAGGCGAUCCGUCUGGCUCUACAGAAGAACCAGGACCUGAACAAACCGCUGGCCUCUUGCCUCCUGCAGCGUCAACUCUCCGUCGCCGCCGCCAUGGCAUCGUUGCCCUCCUUCCCCCUCCGCCCGGCCUCCACCUCCAGCCCCACCCUGUUCCAGAGUCAGCCCCUCCCGGCCCAGGCGCUGCUGCAUCCGGCCCCCGGGCCCAUCUGUUCAACGCACACGCCUGUUCUGUUCUCCCCCUACUGACCAUGUCGACGGCUCAAUCAGCGCUGAACUGCGGCUAAAAACAGAUCUGACAAGACCACCUGAGCAAAAUGUUAUACACGAGAGAGCUCGCUGAGCUCCACGUAACAACAGGUAGCUGUGCGUGUCGUGGACCAGGAGCCACGAGGGCAGGCCGGGGUGGAGGGAAAGGCAGCGAAGGGGCAAAAGUGUUUUCUGAUGCGAGCGCGCGUGAGUGAGCGCACGGAUGUAGCCAUCAUGGAAGUCCAGCUUAAAAACAUUGCGUUUGCUGCGCCACCUCUCCGUUCCUCCGGUGAUAAACAAGUUUUACAAAUGCUGACGAUCUAUAUGACAAUCAAGGAAGACGUUUCAUUCAGUUUAAGAAAGAUGCAUCAUGGUAAACUUCGAUGAUGACUAUAACUGUGUGAGUGUGUGUGUGUGUGAGGUAUGAAUCAGUGCAAUUCUGACUGAAGAUGUUUAUUAUUUUCCAAUAAACAAUAGUUGUGGAUACUCA